AGUCAAUUUAGAACUUAAAAAAUUAGUCUAUUUGUAUAUUAUCAAUUAUGCAAAAAUUAUGCCUGAUUUUGCUAUGAUGGUUAUUAAUAGUUUUAGAAAAGAUGCUCUAAGAAUUUAUUAAAGUAAAUAAUAAUUAAAAUUUCAUAGGAUGAAGAUUCCUAUGUUAGAAAAACAGGAGCAAUUUGUAUUUCAAAAUUAUUUGACUUAUCAUCAUUAGGACUAUUAAAACUCUUAGAAUAUUUACUUAAUGAUGAUAAUGCUAUGAUUGUAGCAAAUGCUUUAUGCUUAUUGUUUAAGAAUCUAAAAUAACAACACUACUUUAAUUAAAUACAUAUACUAUUUAAAAAAUAUUAAAAGCCUAUUGAAUGGGGUUGA